AUGAACCCGCUAUUCGGCCCCAACCUCUUCCUCCUGCCGCACGAGCAGGCGGACCCGGAGCCGCCCUUCUCCUCCUCCUCCUCCUUCUUCCCCGGGGGGGACUUCUGGGACGGGGAGCCGGCCGGCCUGGGCGGCGUCGGCGGGGCCUCCUUCGCGGCGGCGCCGCCGCCCCCCGCCAUGGCCCUGCGCAACGACCUGGGCUCCAACAUCCACGUGCUCAAGACCCUCAACGUGCGCUUCCGAUGCUUCCUGGCCAAGGUGCACGAGCUGGAGCGCCGCAACCGGCAGCUGGAGAAGCAGCUGCAGCAGGCCCUCGACGCCGGCGCCCGGCGGGGCGGGCGGCGCCACCAGGCCGUGCAGACCGGCUUCGUCGCCCCCAUCCGCCCCCUGGGGCUCCCCCUGGCCUCCCCCAGCGGCCCCCACGCCCGGCCGGCCGGGCUGGGCACGCCGUCCAGGGGGCCCGCCUCCCCCGGGGGGCACCCGCCGGGGGCCCCGCUGACCCCCACCUCCGCCGCCGCCGCCGCCUUCUCGGCCUCCUCCCGCUUCCUGCCCGGCACCAUCUGGUCCUACUCGCAGGCCCGCCGCCUGGGGCCCGGCCUGGAGACCACCCUGGUGCAGGGGCCCGGCGUCUCGUGGGUCCACCCCGACGGCGUGGGCGUCCAGAUCGACACCAUCACGCCCGAGAUCCGCGCCCUCUACAACGUCCUGGCCAAGGUGAAGAGGGAGCGGGACGAGUAUAAGCGCAGGUGGGAAGAGGAGUACACGUUGCGUGUUCAGCUGCAAGACCGGGUCACCGAGCUCAACGAGGAGGCCCAAGAGGCCGAAGCGUGCCAAGAGGAGCUGGCCAUGAAGGUGGAGCAGCUCAAGGCGGAGCUGGUGGUCUUCAAGGGGCUGAUGAGUAACAACCUUACCGAGCUAGACACCAAGAUUCAGGAAAAGGCCAUGAAAGUAGACAUGGACAUCUGCCGGCGCAUAGACAUCACGGCGAAGCUGUGCGACGUGGCCCAGCAGCGCAACUGCGAAGACAUGAUCAAAAUGUUUCAGUCUCUGCACUUAUCUCCCAUUAAGGUCCCAGCUACGAUGGGCCGGAAGCGGGACCGGAAGCCGGCCAGCGAGGAAGACACUUCCCUGUCAGAGAGCGAGGCCUCCAAAAAGCCGGAGGAUGAAGAGGACGAAACCACAGCCAUGAGCAUCAAUGAAGAGAUGCAAAGGAUGCUGAACCAGCUGAGGGAGUACGAUUUUGAAGAUGACUGUGACAGCCUUACCUGGGAGGAGACGGAAGAGACACUACUGCUCUGGGAGGAUUUCUCCGGCUACGCCAUUGCUGCUGCGGAAGCCCAGGGGGAGCAGCCGGAUGACAGUUUGGAGAAAGUGAUCAAGGACACAGAAUCGCUCUUCAAGAGCCGGGAGAAAGAAUAUCAGGAAACCAUCGACCAAAUAGAGCUGGAGUUGGCGACGGCCAAGAAUGACAUGAACCGGCACCUUCACGAGUACAUGGAGAUGUGCAGCAUGAAGCGUGGGCUGGACGUGCAGAUGGAGACCUGUCGCCGGCUCAUCACCCAGUCUGGGGACAGAAAGUCUCCUGCUUUCACUCCGGUACCGAACAGUGAAUCGGCCCCAAGCGAGGAGACGGAGUCCGAUCAUGACCUCCCGAGUGACGCUUCCAUAAGAUAAUGGGA